GCCCGCGCUUAGGGUUCGAUUGAGCAGCAAAUGCAUUUAGGGCCCAUCAAAGAUAUAUUAGACGGGUUAACAGCCAAACAGCAAUUCGCAGCUCCUCCACUCCCCUACUCCCCGCACUCCUCAUCUCCUCAUAUUCCUAUAAAGUUCUCCCCAAUGACCCCAGGCCUUCCGAAUCGAGCAGCGAAGCUUACCCCAAGAGGAAUACGAGGAUGCCGAAUCGAGCCAGAUAGAGAACCGCAGGAAGUAGAGGCAAUACAGGAGGAUUAUCGAUUCUGCCUCGAAUUAAAGUGAAUCUCAUAGUUUUAAAAUUGAGAUGAUUGCUGCCGUCAUAGUGUUGCGAGUGGCGAUAAUUUAAGCCGUAUAUGAAUAUCCAUCCUCCCAGCCAGAACCCCUCAAGCUUUUUUACCAUUGACUUCAAUUCCGAUUCAAAAUUUAUCUACCAUGACCUCGAAACUAUUUACCUUCCUCCUUGUCACCCUCGCGCUGACAUCCCACGCUCUUGGAGCCGCAUUCGACUGGCAACGGGACAUCCACUCUCCAAUGGACAGUUACAGCAUUGUCGACUUACAAUGGGAAGGAAAGAUCUUCCCAGACGGGGAGAACGUAACAUUAUUUGGCGAAGACUUCAAGGCAGUGCUAACCCAGAUUCGCGCCCUCAACCCUAACUGGGUUGCUCCCAUUCUACCAGACGAAGAAAAGGCCUCCUUCGUAAAGCGACAGGUCAACGGUUAUUUCUGCGGUGUCUAUGCAACAGCCCCGAUCGGCGAAGUCUAUGAUCAGAUCAACUACCUCAAAUCCCUUGGUAAUACUGCUUGUACGGUAGCUGGUCGAAGCUGUGUGCGUAACGGAUGUAUGAAUAAUGGAGCAAUAUAUAUGUGUAACGACAACCCCAAUCAACUAUCCCUAUCCUGCCAAGGUGUUCGUAUCUACGCCGAAGACGCAACAGACCGAUGCACACGGUCCGGUGCACCGUGUGGCGGGACUGGGCCGGUAGGAGCACGGAGUCCUGUGUCAGCGCAGAUUUUUCCGGCGUAUUAUCCGGGUUUGAACGUGUUGACAGGAUAUUCAAAUUGUGGAGAUAGUCCGACUAAGAGACCAAAUGAGUAUGAUGCUCCCGGGCCGUUUGGCCGCUGUUGGUCCUAGGGGAGAUGUGGGAAAACGCAGGAGAUGGAGGGGUUUAAUCCCUACGCUAGAUCUAACCGAUUGGAAGUCCUUGCUUGCUGCUGGGUUCUGGUGGGAUAGGAGGCGCACAAUAUUCUCUGUAUCAUGUUAUAUAUGGGGAUUGUAUGGGAGCGUUAGCAUAACAGGAAGAGUGGGAAUUGAUUAACUGGUGGAGUAGAAGG